AUGGAUAUUUGCAGGGAGAACGGAGUGAAGAGGUUUAUCAACUCCAGUUCCGUCGGUGUCAUCUUUACAGACCACGAGUUAAACAUGGUCGAUGAGAGCUAUCCCUACCCAGGGACUUUCUACUCUUACUACUGUCAAUCGAAGGCUAUUGCCGAGAAGGCUGUCAAAAAAGCUAAUUCCGAGAAUUUUUCUACAGUAUCGCUUCGGUAUAGAGGGAUAUUUGGGCCUGGCGAGCCGAGGACAACGGCUAGAGCGGCGGAAACGAUCCACCGAGGCCUGUAUUUUGCCCGUUUCGAGCAUAACACCCCGGCGAUGACCCAGUUCAGCGGGCUCGACAACACCGCCAAGGCAUGUUGGCUAGCCGAGGUUGCCCUGAGGGACAGGAAGGAAAUUGUUGGCGGGAAGGUAUAUAAUAUUGUCGAUGGAGGCCCGCCCGUACCAAGUUGGGAUUUUUGGAUUCCGUUAUGCCAGGCCCUCAAUCGCAGCCGCCCCUGGCUGGUCCUCCCCUUUUGGAUGGUGUUCUACCUGGCAUGGGCCUCAGAAUUUUUGUGUGAAAAUUUCGGCAUUACUCCGUUAUUCCUACGACUAGAGCAGCCAGGAGGGACUUGGGCUACGAUCCGCAGAACAACCACGAUCUUAAAGAAACGGCGGCAUACUAUAAACGACACUAUGCUGAAAACCCCAGCUGGAGAAUCGAUUGGUCAUUUUUGCUUGCAG